AUGGGAAUUUUCAAUGGCUUGCCUGUUCCAUCGGAUAAAACUUACCUGAGGGAUGAGCUGGCACGAAUAGAUGAGAGCUGGGCUGCUGCACGCUUUGACUCUUUGCCACAUGUGGUCCACAUCCUUACAUCUAAAGACCGUGAAGCUGACAUUCGUAUAUUAAAGGAACAAAGUGAUGUUGUCGAGGAGGUUGUGGAUGAAGUUGUGCAUGCUUAUCAUGGUGGUUUCAACAAGGCCAUUCAAAACUACUCCCAGAUCUUGCGAUUGUUCAGUGAGUCCACUGAUAAAAUAGGCGACUUGAAGAAUGAUUUGGCAGAAGCGAAGCAGAGUUUGGGUACACGCAAUAAACAAUUACACCAGUUGUGGUACCGCUCUGUUACAUUGCGGCACAUCAUCGCACUUUUGGAUCAAAUCGAGGGUAUUGCUAAGGUUCCAGCUCGCAUCGAGAAGCUCAUUGCUGAUAAGCAGUUUUACGCUGCUAUUCAGGUGUAUCUCCAUUCGUCUAUGAUGCUUGAGCGUGAGGGGCUUCAGACGGUUGGUGCUCUUCAAGAUGUUAGAUCUGAGCUAACUAAGCUGCGGGGAGCCCUUUUCUUCAAAAUUCUAGACGAUUUGCAUGCACACCUAUACAACAGAGGCGAAUACAGUUCAGUUGCGUCAAGCAUAAAUGAAAGAGAUGACGAAGUACCAACAACAACAGCUAUUGCAGCUAGUCGAAUGAGCUCACAACCACUAUCUCGUAGAACACGAACACUGAAAGGUGAUAGUCAGUUUGGUGCUAGAGGGCUCACAAAUGGUUCACAUAGAACAGGUUCUAUAGAUGAAGGUUCAUCAUUUGAUGGACAUGAGGAAGAGGACUCUGUAGAACAUGAUGAAGCCACCGCAGAUGGAAGGAAUGGCACUGAUAGUAAAAGGCUUUCUUAUCUACUUCCACCUUGGCUUUCUGAUUCCACUCCUGACGAGUUUAUUGAAGCAGUAAGAAAGAGUGAUGAUCCACUACAUGUGAAGUAUCUACAGACCCUUGUACAGUGUCUCUGCAUGCUUGGCAAAGUUGCAGCUGCUGGUGCUAUCAUAUGCCAGAAACUUCGACCCACAAUUCAUGAGAUCAUAAUAUCCAAGAUUAAAGUCCAUAUGGAGACUACAAAUUUGUCAAAGUCCGCCUGUAGUCAGGGUGAUCGAAAUGCUGCAGGAUUGCAGUUGAUUAAAGGGCAGUCAGAGGCUUACAGAUUAUCAAAAGAGAAACCUCAAAAUGGGAUAUCAAAUUCAGGAAUUCACCUGGCUGUGAGCCCUGUUUCGCCUCUUAUGGCUCCUGGAGGCAAAGCGCAGACGGCUGCAAAAGAGCUUCUUGACUCAAUUUUAGAUACUAUUGUCAAGAUAUUUGAAAAUCAUGUUGUUAUUGGAGAGCUUUUGGAAUUGAAGGCUUCGCAACAUGAUAUUAACACACCGAAGUCAUUGCCUACUGAUGUGAAUUGGAACACUGAUUCUGAAGCAUCCCAAGCUACUGGAGGCUAUACUAUCGGUUUUCCCUUGACAGUCUUACAGAGUGAAUGUCAACAACUCAUAUGUGAGAUUCUACGAGCAACUCCAGAAGCUGCUUCAGCUGAUGCUGCUGCACAAACUGCUAAACUUGCAAAGAAGGCUCCCAAGAAAGACAAAAGGGGUGCAACUGAAGAUGGUUUAACAUUCACCUUUCGGUUUACAGAUGUAACUGUAUCAGUCUCUAAUCAGGGAGCUGAUCUCAUUCGUCAAGGCUGGGGAAAGAGGGCUCCAAAUGCAUCGCAGGAAGGUUAUGGAACUGCAGCAGUUUUGCCUGAACAAGGAAUAUAUCUAGCUGCAUCUAUUUACCGGCCUGUUCUUCAGUUUACAGAUAAAAUCACUUCAAUGUUGCCCAAAAAGCAUUCCCAGCUUGUGAAUGAUGGAUUGCUUACAUUCACCGAGAACUUUGUGAAGGACCACCUGUUACCAACAAUGUUUGUAGACUAUAGGAAAGGCGUACAGCAAGCUAUAUCAAGUGCUGCCGCAUUUCGGCCUCGUGCACAUACAACUACUACUUACACCCCAACCGUGGAAAAAGGCCGACCAAUCUUACAAGGUCUUUUGGCUACAGAUCUCCUUGCAAAAGAGGUUCUUGGUUGGGCUCAAGCCAUGCCUAAAUUUGCUACGGACCUUGUAAAGUAUGUUCAGACAUUUCUUGAGAGAACAUUUGAGAGAUGUCGAACAUCAUACAUGGAGGCUGUUCUAGAGAAGCAGAGUUACAUGCUCAUUGGGAGGCAUGACAUUGAGAAAUUGAUGCGACUAGAUGCUGCGAGUGCUUGUUUGCCAUCUCCGCUUGGCCAUGCUGUUUCUCACUCUGAGGCUGUUGGCACCGAACUCAGUGAACUAUUCUUGAGUUUGCGGCCUAUCAAGCAGGAUAAUCUAAUUCGUGAUGACAAUAAACUGAUUUUGCUAGCCUCUCUUAGUGACUCACUCGAAUACGUCGCAGACUCUAUUGAAAGGCUUGGACAAGCAGUUCCUCGAGCAUCAAGUCAAGCUGAAGGCAAUAGCAGGAAUCAAGGAACAUCUUCUAGGAAUCUGGCAUCAUUUGCUGAUGAGUACAGAAAACUUGCAACUGAUUGCCUAAAGGUUCUCCGUGUUGAGAUGCAACUGGAAACAGUCUUUCAUCUUCAGGAAAUGACGACUCGGGAAUAUUUAGAGGAUGAGGAUGCUGAAGAGCCAGAUGACUUUGUGAUUUCUCUUACUUCACAGAUAACACGUAGGGACGAGGGAAUGGCGCCUUUCAUCUCUGGUGAGAAGCGCAGUUAUGUUUUUGGUGGCAUUUGUGGCAUUGCGGCAAAUGCGUCCAUUAAGGCUUUGGCUGACAUGAGAUCAAUCAACCUUUUUGGAGUUCAACAAAUAUGUCGAAACACUAUUGCAUUGGAACAGGCCAUGGCAGCUAUUCCAUAUAUCGAUGGUGAAACCGUACAACAGAACCUAGAUCGUGUCCGUACUUACUUUGAACUACUAAACAUGCCAUUCGAGGCGUUACUCGCAUUCAUAGCAGAACACGAUCAAAUGUUCACACCCACAGAGUAUUCAAAUCUUCUAAAGGUGAAUGUUCCUGGAAGGGAUACUCCUGCAGAUGCUCAAUCCCGCCUUUUGGAAAUUCUUUCUCACUGA